AGUGCGAGUGUGACUAUCGGUGGCGGCGGCGGCGGCGGCGGGGACACCGUCUCGUACUGCGGUCUGCGAUUCGUAUCGCGCAAUUUAGCGUCCAGCGCGCAACGGCGCAGCAUUGCAGUCACUCCGCGUCUUCGCGAUAAACACUCAUCAGCGUUAAUGUCAGUAAUAAUUAUAUUAUAUUUUUAAUUGUCGUUAGGUGUAUAUUGUGAUUGCCUAUCAUUUUCCAUCGUAGUGACCGGUCACAACGAUAUUGUAAUUGUUUUUUUUUUUUUCGCAAAACCGUUGUGAAGUCCGUUUUCCGCCGACGUACGACCAACCCGCCGCUGCGGUCCACACGGCGGCAGUAGAUCUACGACCAGCGAACGUGCUCCGAUCUUUUUCUUCCCCGUCUCGAGUCACGUUCGAUUCCUCGCACACCCCUCGUCGUCGUCUCGGUUCGCGCGCUAUUUGUCGGAGGAGCAUCGGAGGUGGUCCACGCGGAAAACACUUCCACUCUUUUGAUGGACGAUUGCCGUCCGACAGUGUACCAUUAUUUUCGUGUCGAUUGAUAUUUAAUAAUUCGUUAUCUGUCACCAGUGCGAUUGUACACCAAACCGACGCUGGCCAAAGUAUUCCGACUUACGACAUUCGCAUAGCGUCCGAGUGUCACAACUACAUAUCAAUAUUAUUCACAGCGGACCUAAAUAAAAGAACAGUUCCAAUGGAUAUCAAGUUCAAUAGUUAUGAAUACCACAUGAUCAGGAAGUUCACUUCCAUGUGUUAUGGUAGUAGAUGUAAUGUCAUCGACAGGAUCAAAAUACGCAACAAGAUUAGUGUAUGGCAUGAAAUAUUGACAUAUUUACUGUCGCCUGAUGGCGUCCUCAAAAUUUAUAAGGUUGAAUGUUCACCAGGGGAAAAUAAUAACCUUGUGACAUCUGACUCACAACCAAAUUAUGUGAUAAAACGGAAAUUAAAGGCUGUGAUACGCGGUAAUGAGGGUCAUAUAGUGAGCGCAAAUAUUCCAUUAAAUUUAGGUAAUCCAUUACUAGAUGGUCCAAGUUACAUCGAAGAAACAAUAGAAAAUUAUCCACUACGUUUACUGACAUUUUUGAAAAUUGAAUUAAAUCAGUAUCGCCGAUCAUUAAAUAUUCCUUAUUCCACACCACUGUCAAGGUAUCUACAGAGAUAUAAUAUUGUUGAAAUGCAUUUGGACAAUAUUUUAAAAAGUGUAGAUGACAGCAAGCUUCCAUUUGAGAUUUUCCAAUGUCCGAAUGUUAAAAUUUUAUCCCUCAAACACAACCAUCUACGUCAGAUACCAAGUGCAAUUGGUCGACUAUCAAACCUUGAAGUGCUUAUACUCACUGACAACUUAUUAACUGUACAAUCAAUUCCUUUUAGUCUAAAGUUUUGUGUAAAUCUGAAGGAACUAUAUGUUGACGAUAACCAACUUGAAGCAUUACCUGGAUUUUUAACUAGCAUGAAACAUUUGGAAUUAGUUUAUAGAUUGGGUAAUCGUAAUUACUUCAAAUCAUUUUUUUUAUGGUAUCACACCGAUUAUGAUCAUAGAGCUCGUAAAGAGAUUUGGAAAAAUUAUUGGAUAAGAGGAGAAGCAGGUUCAAGACCAGCAAUAUCAUCUCUCUUAGACAUUUGUGCUGAAAAAAUUUUUUCAAGUGGAAUUAAUUUUUUUAAUGAAGAAAUCCCAGAAUCUUUAAAACAUUAUAUGUCUUUAACUUACCUCAAUUACAAUAUAUGCAACUUCUGUAAUGUUGCAACUGACUGUUCAAAACCAGGUUAUAGUACGGUGACGUUUCUAACUCCUUAUUUGGGAAAUACAUGUGUUCCAUUUCAACAUUGGGCGUGUUCAAAAGAGUGUGUGCUUGCAAUCGAAGGACCAGCAAAAAAGUUACAGCUUGAAGGAGCAGAAAGACUGGACCAUGAGUAUUCUCAUUAUAUAGCAACUUCUAAUAAAACUGCUGAAAAGUCUAAUAUGAAACUAAAACGUAAUCGUUGCUGUAUAAGUUAAAUUACUUAGUUAUUCAACAUGUUCAUAAAUAACAAAUAUUUACUUUGUUAAUCAUUUAUAUGAGACUGAUUUAUAUUUUAAAUAUUUUAAUUGUGAUAGAGUGACCAUUUCGGUUGCCAACUAUUUAAAAUAUAAUCCAAUAAACAAAUUUAAUUGUAAAUAUUAAUUAGAUAAGAUAAAUAAAAUUUGAUAUUUUUAAAGUGUCUUAAGUAAAUUGACUUAACUGAUUUCAUAAAAUAAAUUGUAUGAUAACAAAUAAUGGAUAAAGUAAAAAUAAAAAUGCGUAUAAAAAC